AUGAUUGCGAAAGACAUCCACGACGAAGAGAAAUGGCUCGCCGAAGGGAUCGCCGCUAUUCAACACAACGCAUACUUCAUGCAUCGCGCUCUGGAUGAUGACAAUCUCAGAGAUUCACUCAAAUACUCAGCGAUGAUGCUUUCUGAACUUCGAACCUCUAGGCUUUCACCUCAUAAAUAUUAUGAACUGUAUAUGAGAGCCUUUGAUGAGCUACGGAGGUUGGAGAUUUUCUUUAAAGAUGAAAGUAGACACGGAGUUUCAAUAGUUGAUCUGUAUGAGCUUGUUCAACAUGCUGGGAAUAUAUUGCCUAGAUUGUAUCUUCUUUGCACGGUUGGUUCCGUUUAUCUUAGAUGUAAGGAUACUCCUGUGAGGGACGUUCUUAAAGACCUGGUGGAAAUGUGUCGCGGUGUUCAGCAUCCGAUUCGUGGUCUGUUUUUGAGGAGUUACCUUUCUCAAGUUAGUAGAGACAAGUUGCCUGAUAUUGGUUCUGAAUACGAAGAAGGGGACUAUGGCAGUGUUAAGGAUGCAGUUGAAUUUGUUCUGGAGAAUUUUUCAGAAAUGAACAAGCUCUGGGUUCGAUUGCAACAUCAGGGACCUGGUCGGGUAAAAGAAAAGAAGGAUAAAGAAAGAAACGAACUUCGCGAUCUUGUAGGGAAAAAUCUCCACGUUUUGAGUCAGAUAGAUGGUGUGGACCUUGAGAUGUACAAAGAGACUGUCCUUCCAAGUGUUCUAGAGCAGGUUGUCAACUGUAAAGAUGAGCUUGCCCAAUUUUAUCUUAUGGAGUGCAUAAUCCAGGUUUUUCCAGAUGAAUACCACUUGCAGACACUUGAGACACUCUUAGGUGCUUGCCCUCAAUUGCAGCCCACAGUAGACAUCAAAACAGUGUUAGCUCAGUUAAUGGACAGGUUGUCAAAUUAUGCUGCCUCAAGUUCUGAAGUAUUACCCGAAUUUUUGCAAGUGGAAGCAUUUACCAAACUAAAUACUGCAAUAAGCAGGGUGAUAGAAGCACAGGUUGACAUGCCUAUUGUGGGUGCAAUAGCUUUACAUGUAUCUCUUCUUACAUUUACUCUCCGUGUUCAUCCAGACCGACUUGAUUAUGUGGAUCUAGUACUGGGAUCAUGUGUCAAGAAGCUGUCUGGAAAACCAAAGCUUGAUGACAGUAGAGCAACAAAGCAAGUUGUUGCACUUUUAAGCGCCCCACUUGAUAAAUACAAUGAUGUUGUGACUGCACUGACACUUUCUAAUUAUCCUCAUGUAAUGGAUCAUCUUGAUAAUGUAACAAAUAAAGUCAUGGCUCUGGUUAUCAUCCAAAGCAUUAUGAAGAAUAACACUUACAUAUCCACUGCCGAUAAGGUUGAAGUUUUAUUUGAAUUAAUAAAAGGGCUUAUAAUGGAUUUGGAUGGAACUUCUGAGGAUGAGAUCGACGAGGAAGAUUUCAGUGAGGAACAAAAUUCUGUUGCUCGCCUCAUAAACAUGCUUCAUAAUAAUGACCCUGAGGAAAUGUUCAAGAUAAUAUGUACAGUAAAGAAACAUAUUAUGAGUGGAGGACCGAGGCGCCUACCUUUCACCAUUCCUUCUCUUAUAUUUUCUGCACUUAAGUUGAUCAGACAAUUGCAAGGCCUAGAUGGAGACAUAGCAGGAGAAGAAGAACCUGCAACACCCAGAAAAAUAUUUCAGAUUUUAAAUGAGACCAUUGAAGUUUUAUCUUCUGUAUCAUCGCCUGAACUGGCCCUGAGACUGUAUCUGCACUGUGCUGAGGCUGCUAAUGACUGUGACCUUGAGCCCGUUGCUUAUGAAUUUUUCACUCAGGCAUUUGUAUUAUAUGAAGAAGAAAUUGCGGACUCUAAAGCCCAGGUAACUGCAAUACAUUUAAUUAUUGGGACUCUCCAGAGAAUGAACAUCUUUGGCGUUGAGAACAGGGAUACAUUAACACACAAGGCCACAGGGUAUUCAGCAAAGCUUUUGAAGAAACCUGAUCAGUGUCGAGCUGUCUAUGCAUGCUCACAUCUCUUUUGGGUUGAUGAUCAAGACGGUAUUAAGGAUGGAGAAAGGGUGUUGCUUUGUCUCAAGCGCGCGUUGAGGAUUGCAAAUGCUGCUCAGCAAAUGGCCAGUGUAGCCAGGGGUAGCAGCGGCCCAGUUACGCUUUUUGUUGAAAUACUGAACAAGUACAUAUACUAUUUUGAGAAAGGAAAUCCACAGAUCACUAGUGCUACUAUUCAGGGGCUUAUAGAAUUAAUCAAGACUGAGAUGCAGAGCGACUCUGCAUCGGUUCUUCCAGUUUCAGAUGCUUUCUUUGCUAGCACACUGAGGUACAUUCAAUUUCAAAAACAGAAGGGCGGUAUAUUGGGUGAAAAGUAUGAUUCUAUCAAGGUCUAA